UCACGUGUUUCCGGGGACCGGCCGCUCAACGCUGUCGCACAGCGGAGUGACGAGAGUUUACUUAACAUGUGAGUCUCCGAGUUCCGUCGCACGCAGGAUUCGUGAACCGGACAAAAUGGGAGGCAAAAAUAAGCAAAGGACCAAAGGAAACUUUCGGCCUUCUAGCAGCGGCAGGGCCGCCGAGCUCCUGGCCAGGGAGACGGGUGCCGUACCCGGUUUCGUAGGCUUCAGCACCUCCUCGUCCGGCGAUAUGGGCUACGUGCCCGCGGUGCACGGGGCAGACGAGAUCGACAGCCUAGUAGACGCCGAUUUCCGGAUGGUUUUGCGAAAACUGUCCAAAAGAGACACCGUCACCAAACUGAAGGCUGUUCAGGAAUUUGGUGCCAUGUGCCAAGAGCGGGAAUCUGAGAUUGUCAAAGGUGUUCUUCCUUACUGGCCCAGGAUCUACUGCAGGAUAUCUCUGGAUCACGACCGUCGCGUCCGAGAGGCCACACAGCAGGCAUUCGAACAGCUGAUUUUGAAGGUCCGGCGGAACCUGGCCCCGUACCUAAAGAGCAUCAUGGGACACUGGCUCAUCGCUCAGUGCGACACGUAUCCCCCGGCGGCCUCUGCUGCGGUUGUGGCAUUCCAGGUGGCCUUCCCUCUCAACAAGCAGACGGAAGCACUGAGUUUCUGCAAGGAGGAAGUGCUCAGUAUCCUCCUCGACAACCUGCUGAAGGAGACCCCUGAGACCGUCAGUGAUCCCCAGACUGUGCCUGAGGAGGAGAGGACGGCCAAAUAUACGCGCCUGCUGACCAGCUCGUUGCUGGCUGUGAAGAAGCUGCUGACCUCUCUGCCCCAACGGGACCUGGAUCCCCUGGCAGAGAAGCUCGCCCACCUCCUCGCGCAGAGCAAGUUCUGGAAGUACGGCAAGCACAAGAGCCCACAGAUUCGCGGGGCCUUCUUCGAGGCCGUGUCUGCGCUCUGCGAGUGCACGCCCCAGCUGAUCCUGGCCGAGUCCUCCCGCGCCUGCCCCAUGGUCCUCCUCAGCAUCGACGACACGGACCCUGUGGUGCUUCCCGCUCUGUGGGAAGCUGUCCUGCACGUUCUGUCCAGCGUCCCCGACUGCUGGCUCCAUGUUAAUGCCCGGAAGGGGGUUCUCCCCAAGCUCUGGCUCCUCUUGAGAGAGGGCGGACGGGGCCUGGCCACCGUUCUCUACCCCAACCUGCUACCCUUCAUCAGCAAGCUUCCUCAGGAGGUUGUUGACCCGGGCUUGGACUUCUACAGCACCUUCUUCACCUCCAUCAUCCAGGGGCUGUCCAGUGAGCGGGCCGCCUGCAGCCCAUCGGAGAGCGCAGCCAUAAUCUCCGCCACUAUGGAGUGCCUGCGGUACAGCGUGCUGCAGAAUGCGACGGAGGAUGAGGAGCAUCGCAGGGUCCAGAACAUGAUGCUCCGAGACCAGCUCCUGCCCUUGGUGGACAGCGCGAUCGGCAACUCGGCCCUACAGAACGGGCCCCUCUUUCCACAGGUCACACACAUUCUGGCUUCCUGGGAGAAGCGAGGUGGAUGGGGAGCGGGCCCCCCCGGUGAGGGCGGGGCCGAGGCUGCUGACCCCACCUUCUGCCGGCUGGUGUCUGACCUCUGGGAGGGCCUGGAGCGGCUGUGCGUGCAGCGUGUGGACAGUGAGGAGGCACAGCAGGGGGCGCUGAUGGGUGUGGCGGUGCUGCUACGGACCAUGAGGGACCCCAGGGCUGGAUCUGGUGCAAUUGGACGCGGGAAGAAGGCAGUGAAGCUCUGCUUCGCUGACCCAGAUGGUGAAGAUGGCAAGCAGGAGGUUCGGGAAGAGGGAAAGAGGACUGAGGAGCCGCCCCCCCUGAAGAGCAGCCGUCUGGAGGGGCUGGUGUGCGCAUUGGCGGAGUUGGCCGUGACGUACGUGACUGAGCGCGACUCCGCGCACCACCUACGCUUCCUCUCUGCCCUCCUGCGCUCCUUCGCCUCGCCUCGCUUGUUCCAGGCCCUGCUGGACGCGGAUGUGGAGGCGGACAGAGGGAUGGACUCAAGCCUCGAAGGCCUGAGGAAGCCUGGGGAGGCGCUGACCCAAAACCCUGCCGUUCUCUUCCUCCUACGGAAGGUAGUCGUCUGGCUGAGGCGGGAGCGAGAGGAGGAUACGGAGCUCCUGGUCAGCAUGGUCUUCAGCUCCCUCCUCUGCUGCAGCACACAGGAGGAGAAGACCCUCAUUCUCAACCACAUGACCAAUAUGGACCUCAGCUGGGGUGUCCUCCUCCAGAUCAUCCAGAAGGCGUGCGCAGACACAGACUUGCUGGAUGCCGCUGCGAGCUGGAUGAAGGGCCCCGUUCUGGGGGAGAAGCUGGUGCAGCUGGCCGGGAGGCUCUGCACGGCCGGUUUGAGGGGCCCCAUGGGGGUCUCCCCCAGCACGGGCAGCCACACACACAGCUGGGCACUGGUUAGCUUGGUGCUCUCCCAGCAGCUGAACAACGAGGCGGUAAUCGGCGAGUCGUACGUGGAGAAGAUCAUCGAGCAGCUGCACUCCACGCUUUCGGAGGCCAAGGGCCUGCUGGAUGCUGGCGACAUGGAGCCGCUGGUCUCCUUUAUCUGCGACGUGGCGUCCAACUUCUUCUCGUCCAUGAAGGGCUGCCUGCAGCUGGUCUCGGCCGAAGACCUCCUGCUGACGCUGUUCCAGCUCUGCGCCCAGGACCAGGACGCCACGCGUCUCUCUGGUACGAAUGUGAGGAGUAUUGGAGCAAGAGCCGCACGACAUCAUCCAAUAAAGCAAGGACAUGACUCAUCCCUGCUGAAGCUGAGGCACGCCUGCUUCACCGGAGCUAGCUCGCUGGUGGGCCACUCUGACCCGGAGAUAAGGAAGGGCAGCUUCCUCUAUGGCGCCGCCCUGUGGGUCAAAAACCAGCUGUUCUCGUGCACCUUUGGGAAGAAGAGCCUCCAGGUGCUGAUAGCAGCAGUGCAGAACCUGGCGGAGACCGUUAUCAAUGCCGGGCAGCGCGGCCCCCAUCUGCUGGUGCAAUUCAUCUCCCACCUGACCCCCACCGAGGAGGAAUGGAGAAAGAUGAGACAGGCACUGCCCCCACAGUGGGUCAAGCGGCCGCUGUUGUCAGGUCGGCUCAGGAUCACCUGCGAUUACCCCCCUGCGGAUGUGUGGAAGCUCCGCGCCUCCCCCCGGCUCCCCUCCCACCUGUCCACUGUAGCCCUUCUGGGCCAGCUCCUCUGCAUGGUUCCUGAAGAGCAGCAGGGUGUGGCCUCACUAUGGCCGCCGGAUGCCAAGCACACAGUUUCUGAGGUCUUGUACGCACUUCAGUGGUGCGAGGAGAUGGAGGGCAGCCCCGUCGUUGUGUCCGAGUUCUGUGGGAUGCUCCGGGAACUGAAUGUCACCGCGGAGCGAUUGAGGCACAAAGGAGGAUGUGAAGUAUUAGAGACCCUGUUUGAGAGGUCGCGAAAUGAGGGGGCGCUGUGGUCCUUGACUCUGGAGAGCUACAUCCAGUCAGAAGUCGAAAGUGCUGAUGUCCAAAAGCUUUGCAAAAGCGUCGAGAGCCUUUUCCCCCUGACAGAGCCGGGUCUCUGCACCGCCCAGGUCCUCUGUCCCUCCCUGUCCCCAGAAGAGAGGGGUCACAUGGCGACCCUGAGUGUGGCAGCCCUUCUAGACUGGCACUGUGGGAGCCAGGACAACGAGCACGUUGCGACGGCGAAUCUGGCGGCCCUGCAUUGCUGCUUGCGCGCCGGGACCGAGGUCGGUGCGGAGGUGCUGCAGGGCGUUAUGGCCAUGUUGAUGGAAUGGCGCAACUCCAAGGAAGAGCGCUUUCUGUUUGGCAGUGACCUGAAGAAGGUCCCUGCUGGGCUGCUGUCACUCAAUGUGGAGAUGGGGCGCUUCCUGUGCUGGGGGGUCACGCAAUGUUCGGAGAUCCUCCUGGAUACACAGUGGGACUUCCUGCUCUGCUCCAUGUUGGCCUGGCUGGAGACUGUCACAGAGAAUACGGCCUCAUUCUGGAACCCCUGGGUGCAGCUGUUUGUUUGUGAGAACUGUGACCUCAUUGUGCAGCUGAGCCAGUUUUUCUCAUCGCCCCCUGCUGGAGCGGCUGACCAAAUUCCUGCCAACCUGACCAGCGAGUGGGAGGAGUUCUUCCUUGAGGGAAUCCACACCCGGCUCUUGCCCCUCUUGGUCACCAUCACGGAGGAGUUCCCAGACCCCGAUGAUGCUCUCUUCCCCCUGCCUGUGCUGGGCGCGGUCGGGGAGGUGCUGUGCUACGUGCCGGUGCAGAUGGUCAUGCAGAACAAGCUGCCACCUCGUUUUGUGGUGGCCCAGCGGACCAACCUGCCUGAACCGCUGCAGACCCUCCUGAACACUCUGGCCCCUUUGCUGCUGUUCAAGGCCCGGCCGGUGCAGCUCGCCGUGUUCCACGUCCUUCACAAGGUGAUGCCGGAGCUGCCGAAGUAUGACGUCGACAGCAACAAUGCCAGAUGCGAGGAUGACAACGAUGAGGAAGAGCCCAGCCUCUCGCCCCCCGCUGCCCUGAUGUCCAUCCUGGUGGCUAUGGAGGAGCUGAUGGACGGUGUCCUGGGUGCCCUGCAGGUGGGCGAGUUUGCCGUGGUGCAGCCCCUCAGCGACGAGUCCUGCUGCAUCCUGGGUUACCUGCUCAUCUGGAAGCUCAUUCUCACUUUCUUCAAAGCCUCUUCCUCCCAGCUGCGUGUGCAGUACUCGCAGUACCUGCGGAAGAGCGGCUCCCUCCACUGCUUGCUGCAGCAUCUGUUCCGGCUCAUGCCAGAGAACCCCGUCCUCCCCGGGCAGCCGGCCGAGUCGGGCGCCCGUGACGCCAAGACCUUAUUCACUGAGGCUCUGGAGCUGUCUGUCCGCGGAAGCAAGGGGCUGGAGAGGGAGCUGGCCCACCUGGCCUGCUCAGUGUACUACGCCACGCUCAAGGACAUGCCGGCCAUGGUGCGCCUCUGGUGGAACGGCCAGGACAAGCGCGUCUCCGCCGCCGUCGACCGCUUCACCAGCAAGUACGUGAGCGGUGUGCUGUCCUCCCAGGAGAUCGCCGCCGUGCACGGCAGCACGCAGACCUUCGAGAACAUGACGGUGAAGGCACGGUCAGCCGCGAGGGAAGCAAUUGCCACCUACUCCGUGGAUGACAUCUUCAUCGAGCUGGUGAUCCAGCUGCCUCUGAAUUACCCCCUGGGCUCCAUCUCGGUGGAGAGCGGACGCCGUGUCGGCGUCUCAGCGCAGCAGUGGCGCAACUGGACGCUGCAGCUGAGCACCUACCUGACGCACCAGAACGGCAGCAUCAUGGAGGGCCUGGCACUGUGGAAGAACAACGUGGACAAACGCUUUGAGGGUGUGGAAGACUGCAUGAUCUGCUUUUCUGUCAUCCACGGGUCGAACUACUCCCUGCCCAAGAAGGCCUGCCGAACGUGCAAGAAGAAGUUCCACUCGGCGUGUCUGUACAAGUGGUUCACAUCAAGCAACAAGUCCACUUGCCCUUUGUGUAGAGAGACGUUCUUCUAACGACCUCCUGCGAAUGGGAAGCCGUGCAGACCAUUUUGUAGACUCUGAGCAGAUCAUAGAUUACCUGAUCAAAGCGGCCGGUGCAGUCGCCGUGUAUUCACUCGCCUCGUAUAUCGCAUUAUGGGUGCUCCUGUAAGGACGAGAAACGAGAGAGAUGCAGGAGUGCAAAUCUAUAAUCUUUAAAUCUCAAAAAGGCAUGUAUUCGCCUUUGUAAAUUGUGUGUUAAUCAGCGUGCACAGAUUAAAAAUGACUCAUUUCGGGUUACGUUAAGUGGGCCACGUGAUUGCUGCUGCCGCAGAAGACGAGUCACGUUUGCGUCCUUCGUACCGUGAUAAUGAGAACUCUGAUCAGAUGGUAAAAUUCUCAGGCCGUUUCACUUUUCUCUGAUGUCACUGACGCAUUCUGGAUGGUGUAAAUUUGCGAAAAUAACAUUAUAAUAAUAACUGGCGACUUAAAAGGCCGACAAAGAAGUUACAUCUUUUGUAGUCGGUGGGCUCUCGUCCAAGUCUUUUUUCAUUAUUAAUUUCCAUGCCUGAGGGUUCGUGCACAGAACUGCUGUAUGAUACUUCUGGAGAAGUGGCACCCAAAGGAGAGAACUUUUCCCAGCUCCCGCAAAGUCUGGUUAUCUUUUAUCUGAGCUACUCUGCCAAGCAGAAUUACCUAGGGGCCACAACUCGGGAGGAUUCGGUAGUAACAACAACAUAGCAUUAAGGAACCUCAUAGGUGAACCAAAUGUAUACAUCAACUACCGCCCUACCAGUGUACAGAAGAAAUGCUUUGAAAUAAACUACAAAGUGCGAAUUUCA